GCAAUGUUGCGUUCGUCCCCUGAGGCGCCGCCUGGCGAACCCCGGGAGCAGAGGUGCUCGGCCUGGGCGGGGCCUCCUCUCCAUCCGGGUCCUUGAAGCCCGGUUGCCGUGGCCGGUUGCCAUGGACUCCGCAACCCGGAAGCGCGGCAAAGGCCAAGCAGGCUGUGGGGGGUGAGAUGGUGGUGGUGUUGCCAUGUCUCAGGAGGACCCCAGUGAGGCCGCCGCGCGGAAGCUGGGCCUGGAGCUGGCAGAGGACAGCCUCUCUGCAGUGACCUAUGAAUCUGACACAGAAACAAAACUGAAGAAGAAAACUUCUCACAAGCUUCCGAAGUCACCAGAGUCUCCAUAUACCUCUAGCACAUGUCUCCACCCUAGAAAGGCUGGGUUUUUGAAGUCCUUUAGGGCUAUGGAGAGCAAACGCUUUGAAAUCCCCCUGGUUAAAGCAUCCAGGCAGCUGUGGCGAGGCUCUCUGAAACAAGGUGCAUGGGUGGGCCCUUUAAAAUCAGACCUCGACAUCGAUCCUGGGGGGUCCCUUCUCUCCAGCAGCACGCCGGAAUAUCUGAAGGAAGCCUUGGGCAUGAAGAAGCCAAAGCAUGCUCGUUCGGCUAGCAGUGGCUACAUCCCUGGAACGCCAAACUACAAAGAGAAGGAAGAUAUGUAUGAUGAAAUAAUUGAGCUAAAGAAGACGGUACAAACCCAGAAAUGCGAAACGGAUCGGAUGAAAACGAAGCUUCGGCGACUGGAAGAGGAUAACAGCCGAAAGGACAGGCAGAUUGAACAGCUGCUGGAGGCCGCCAAGGGCCCUGAGUUUCCCUGGGCACGGGCAGAGCCGAAGAAUGAAAACAGCAUGAUGAUCAGCGGAUUGAAACAGAAAAUUCUCAGACUGGAGCAGCAGUGCAAGGAGAAAGACAACACUAUUAACAAACUCCAAACAGAUGUGAAGUCCACCAAUGCGGAGGAAAUGAGAAUCGCCUUGCAGGCCUAUUAUGAGGAGAUCCAACGACUCCAAACCCUCCUGGCAAAAUCCAAGACGGUGCAACGAAAAUACUAUAGGCAGCAGGUGAAAGAUUCAGAGGAGGAAGAAAACGCUGGAGGCUCUGAAGGAGAAGAUAGAAAAGGGCGGUGCGGUCAGCAGAAGACUGAAGGAUUGUGGUGCUCAAGAUCUUCUUCCGAGAGCAAACAGCUGAGGGUGCUCAAUGCUGCCAUUCUGCAGUUGUCCAGGAACCUCAAAGAGUUGCAAGAGGAGAAUCACAGCCUGAAAGCACACCUGGACCUCAUCCUGAGCACCUCCCCAGCCUCCAGUAAAGUCAAAAAUUGCACAGAGAGGAGCAGACAGAGGCUGGCUCAGCGGAUUUCAAAACUGGGGAAACGAGCGGAUGAGAAGACCAGGCUGCAGCUUUCAGAGACCAGCGCUUCGCCGUUGCUCACUCCAUCCACUCCUGCGCAACUGGAUCAGCCAACUGCUAAAGAAUCCGACUCCUCGGAAGAAUGCGAGCAUCUCCGCAGGGUGGUGAAGAAGCUGAAAGGCCAAAGGGCAGUCCUUCAGAACCAGCUGGCUGUUAAAGAGGGAGAAAUCCAGAAGCUGACAGAGCAAGUGAAAGAACUGGAGGAAAACCAAGGCUCCAGUUGCCUGGAUUCCACUGCAUCUCCGGAUCAGGGCCAGCAGGAGUCGCGUCCGGGCAGCCAACAAUCCCUUCUCAAUGGCCUACUAAAUUCAAAGGAUUCACAUCUGGGGCCUUCACCACUUGGCUUUGCCAAGCACCACAGGCAUGAGCAAGCAGCUCGGAUAAUCCAGAGGCAAUGGAAAGCCUAUAAAACCAAGAUUGGUGAGGAAGAACUGAAUAAGGUGGCUGUGGUGCUCCAGGCAGCGUUCAGGGGACAUUUAGCUCGGCAGAAACUACUAGCAAGUAAUGCCCAAGGUCGGAAUUCUCCCAGCAUGUCGAACGUUGAGAAUAAGAACCCCGAAGCCUCUUGUGGACCCAGCUCUUCGCAGAUGGCGGCUGACUGCAAAGCAGACGAGGAGGCCGUGAAGCUCCUCCAGUCUGCGUUCAGGGCUCACGUAGCACGCACAGGCCUCGUGGAGAGGCCUCUGGACUUCAGUCCUGAAAGGGAAGAAGUGAGCCCAGCUGCUUCCAACAGAGAGAAGAAGCCAGUUUGGUCAACGUUCAAAUAUGCCCCUUUAGUCUUCACUUUGGGGGCUCCUGCCCCGUCCUCCCAGGACCAGCCCCAGCCCUCUCUCUCGCUGUCUGCAGACGAGGCUCAUUCGGACGACUCGGAUGAUAUCAUCACAGUGUCUCCCGCAGCAGCCAAGAGCAGAUCUCCCUUUGAUUUCCGCAGCGGUACGGCACAUUCUCUCCUGCGCUCCUAGCCCCUGAUGGACAACAGCCUUGCCGCUUUUGUCAGGCAAAGUGGACUAGGCCAGGGCGCAGUGGUGCUGCGCUGAGGAGAGAGCUAAUGAAGGUUAGGACCGGGGUGUGUGUGUGUGUGUGUGGAGAGAAUCCGAGCGGCCAUCCAUCGCCAGUCCCUUUCCCCAGAGUUGGUAUCCAUUGGCAAAUUCCACCCAUAGGAACAUAGGAAGCUGCCAUAUACUGAGUCUGGCCCUUGGUCUAUCUAGCUCAGUAUUGUCUACACAGACUGGCAGCGGCUUCUCCACGGUUGCAGUCAGGAGUCUCUCUCAGCCCUAUCUGGAGAUGCUACCAGGGAGGGAACUGGGAACCUUCUGCAUGCAAGCAGGCAGAUGCUCUUCCCAGAGCGGCCGCAUCCCCUCAGGGGAAUAUCGGACAGUGCUCACGCAUGUAGUCUCCCAUUCAGAUGCAAACUGGGGCAGACCCUGCUUAGCAAAAGGGACCAUUCCUGCUUGCAACCACAAGACCAGCUCUCCUCCUACUCUAAUCCCUGAGGCUUUAGAUGGUGGUAGCAAUAGGACCAACCCAGACUGAAUGACACAGUUGACACUUCUGGGGAGAAUGAGUCUUCCUUCCUUCCUUUUGAGGUAUCCCAUCUGCCACCUUGCAGCUAUUCAGGUUUAUGCUCAACUCUCACACUGCGAGCCCUACUGAGCACAGGAACAGAGGAAGCUGCCAUCUACCGAGUCAGACCGCGGGUCCAUCUAGCUCAGUAUUGUCUACACUGACUGGCAGCAGCAUCUCCAAGGUUGCAGGCAGGAGUCUCUCCCAGCCCUAUCUUGGAGAUGCUGCCAGGGAGGGAACUUGGAACCUUCUGCUCUUCCCAGAGUGGCUCCAUCCCCUGAGGGGAGUAUCUUGCAGUGCUCAUACUUCUAGUCUCCUAUUCAUAUGCAACCAGGGCAGACCCUGCUUAGCUAAGGGGACGAGUCAUGCUGACUACCACAAGACCAGCUCUCCUCUCACUGAGCUGCAGCCCCUUCCCCUCGGGAAUAUCUGGCAGCAUUUGCAGGUUCUCCCCCCCCCCCCCCCGCUCCAUAUGCAAACCUACUUAGCAAAGGGGACAACCAACCCGCUCCUGAAGAUCUAUCCUAAAGAGAGAAAGACACCUUAGGAAGAGCACAAGGGAUGGGAACCAGGGCUCCCUGUAAUUCCAAGCCGUUCUUGACUACAUCUCCCAUCAUCCCCAAGCUGCAAUGGCCUUUUGACUGAGGAUGAUGCGACUGGUAGCCAACGGCAUCUGGGAAAUUCCCGUUUAGAGCAGGCUUUCCUAUCCUUGGGUCUCCAGCUAGUGUUGGACUACAGCUCCCAUCAUCCCCAGCCACAAAGGCUAUGGUGGGGGGGCGUGAUGGGAGUUGUAGUCUCACACCAUCUGGCGACCCAAGGUCAAGAAGCCCUGCCUCGGAGGGAGCGCUAGUGGGCACCCUCCAACCCCUCUUGUAGGGUAAACUAGACUCAGCGUUAGGAAGGGGCGUCUCUUGCCAUUGUAAUUCUGUCUCCAGAAGCUGCCAGUUCUGUGGAAUCAACAUGUUGGUGGGGAAAACCUGCACCAACCAACCGAGUAUCACCUGGGCCUUGAACCCAGGACGAUCACAGCCAGUUGCUUCAAAGCCUGGGCAGGGAAAGGCUGUCUCCAGCAAGAGGGAGUCGACUUGCUGAAGGGCAUUAUAAGAUCAAGAACUUAGGAGCCAGGGUCUGGCUGUUGGCUUUUGUGAUGGAAUAUCAGAUCAACAGGCUCCUGGUUCCUUCUCUUCUGGUGCUCUCCUCAGACAGACUCUCCCUCACUGGAGCCAUUGAUUUAGCUCCAAACUUUUGGUGUGUUAACCAGCCAUAGUUAAUGGGCACCGAGCAUCUUCGGCCCUUCUCAAAGGACUGGUGUUGAGCUUGCUUUAUCUUGAGCGAGUGUGAUGUGGGCCUUCCAAGCUUGCUCUGUUCCUACAUUUCUGCUAGUAAAGGUGCAGGCCCACCGUAUCUCCCUCCGCCCCUCAAGAUAACGCUUUUGACAAGGAGAAGGCAAACCGCUCCUAUCUGUCAUUCUUGGUGACUUGACAAAUGUCCAGAUUGAUUUAUUAACCAGCUCCAGCCAUUACUCAUCUUCGUUCCUGACCUUCUGGAAUGGAAGAUAGAGGGAGACUUUUCACUAUUCAUUGCCCUAUUGACUGGAUGUGCCAUGUUGUAACUGAAUGAUGUUUAUGAAGGAUGAAGAUCGGUGUACCCAUAACCCUCAUAGGAAGCUGCCAUAUACUGAGCCAGACCCCUGGUCCGUCUAGCUCUGUACUGUCUACACUGACUGGCAGCGUCUCUCUGAGGUUCCAUUCCAGGCAGGAGUGUGGAGAUGCUGCCAGGGAGUGAAUCUGUGAUCUCCUGUAUGCAAGCAGGUGCUCUACCUGAGCGAUGGCCCCAUUUUCUGAGGCAGGGAUUCUCAACGUUGGGUCCCCAGAUGUCAUUGGACUUCAACUCCCAUAACCCCCAAGACCAGCGGCCUUUGGUUGGGGAUUAUGGGAGUUGAAGUCACCUGGGGAUUAUGGGAGUUGAAGUCAACAUUGAGAACCCCUGCUCUAAGGCCGCAUUUCCCAACCUGGGUUCCUCCAGAUGUUGCUGAACUACAACUCCCAGCACCCCCAGCUACAAUUUAUUGUAGCACUUGAAUGUAGCCACCCAGUCAAAUGCAAAGCAGGGCAGGCCCUGCUUAGCAAAGGGGAGAAUUCAUGCCCGUGGCCGCAAGACCACCUUUCCCUCCGCCCAGUGGGUAAGUCCUGGGGGAAAAUCGAAGCCCAUCUCUGUUGCGAGCAAUGAAAAAAAGGUGAGUGUGAUGAGACCAAGCCCAAUGACCUCCCUCGAAGUGGCAGGAAAGCAUGAAUCAUUGCCAGUUCCUGGAAGCGCCUCGCCAGGGCAGGCUGGAAGCGAUGCAGUCACUGCCUGCCUUGCGUAAGGGCUGGGCUGGCUUUCUUACAUGCCUUGGCGGUGUGGAUUUGGGGCAGUCGGCCUGAAGGAGAAUGGGAGUGGGUCAAGAGAAGAGCAGGGCAGCUGUCUCCACUGGAAGGGCCCCGCAAUGCCUGUUGCAUCCGCUCGGCUUUGCUGCCUGGCCCCCGGGCUCUCUGUGUGCUCUCAUGAGCACAAAUGCAAGAGGGGAAGCUGUGAGUGUCAUUAGACCUCUUGCGAAUGUCUUGAUGAAGUCGUAAAAGGGAACCGCUGGUUCCAGGAAGGGUCUAAUUAUUCGCCUCUGUCCCAAGAAGAGAUGGCUUCACAGAACUUUGAUUGGGUGCCCUGCUGGUACUGUUGGGGAUGUCCUCCAAUAUAAGCCUUGCAUCUGUUCCAGUUGGGGAGGGGUCAGUUGUCCACCACCUGAAGGAAAUUAUAGUCCAGAAAGAGAACAUUUCCCAACCCCUAGAGCCAGGGCAGACAACCACCUCUCUCCAGAUAUUGUUGAAAGACAACUCCCAUCGUCCCCAACUGCAAUAAAUUGUGGUUGGGGGGGGUGAUGGAAGUUGUAGUUCAACAACAUCUGGAGAGAGAGAGAGAGACAUGGUUGCCCACCCCUGCCCUGGAGCCAAGGGUACGUGUUCUACAAAAGGGCUUGCUGGAACCCUUUGUGGACUGGGCAACUUCCGCUACAAGUGGAGUUUUCACUGAUAUAUGCAUAUAUAUGGUGAGUGUGGGUGUGAAGCCACAGGCACAAUCACUAAAUUAUCUGUGCGAGGAACAUGGAAAUUCAACUCGUCUUUAAGCACAAUCGAUAUUUGUAAAUGCUUAUGUGACUUUUUAAAAAUAAAUAAAUUGAGUUGGAUUUAC